AUGGCCAUCUUUAACUCGCCCCGAUCAUUUGAAAAUGUCAAUGCUAUUGCCCAAGCCCCAAUGGGCGUCAACCGCUUCUUCAUAGGCGCCCAUGAGAGCCACCCCCCAUUCUUUCGAUUAGUGCUGCUCGUCUUUGAAGCAGUGCUGGAGGUCGUAUGCGUCAGCCUUCCUGGCUAUAUUGCCGCCCGUCAGGGCAUGUUUGAUGCCGAUGCUCAAAAGCUGGUGGCAAACCUCAAUGUGACUCUGUUCACCCCCUGUCUUAUCUUCACCAAGUUGGGCUCGCAAUUAACCGCCGAAAAGCUGACGGACUUGGCUAUCAUCCCGGUUAUUUUUAUCGUCCAAACUUUCGUGUCAUACUUCUGUUCUUUCAUUGUCGCAAAAUGUUGUCGCUUCAAGAAGCGGCAGUCGAACUUUGUGGCUGCCAUGGCGGUCUUUGGCAACUCAAACUCUCUCCCAAUCUCCCUCGUCAUAUCGCUUUCGCAGACCCUCAAAGGCCUCCACUGGGACCGGAUCCCAAACGACAACGAUGACGAAGUCGCUGCACGUGGAAUUCUAUACCUGCUUAUCUUCCAGCAGCUAGGUCAACUCGUGCGCUGGAGUUGGGGAUACCACAUUCUCUUAGCGCCCAAGGACCGAUACCUCGAGGAGGCGGGGCGCGACGAGAGUGGCCAGUCAAUCAUCGAGCAGGGCCAGGCACGGUAUAGCGAUAAUCCGGAUCAGACAGACCCGGAUGAGCCGCUAGUCCGGACACGCAGCUCGGAUGAUCUACACCAUACCCACGCAACACAUGCCGACCGGUUCCAAUCUGGUGACCAAACACCCGUGUCAACGCGCACUUAUUCCUACUCGAAGUUGUCCUCCGCUCACUCAGACGAUCUCGACUCAGACGAUACACCGUCAGUACUUGGACCGCCACCCACUGGCCCCUUCCUCCCCCGCCAAAGCACCCAAGGCGACAUCCUCCAAUUCCCGAAUGUCGAAAUCACCGCGCGGGAAGCCCGCGAAGCCGAGGAAACGCGUUUCCAGCGCCGCAAAGCAUCUCUGCGUAGAUCGUGGGACCGCCUGAGCCAGUGGCGAGAGAAGAAAACCAACGUCCUCCACUCGCGCCUCCCACCAAAGGUCCAAAAGGGCCUCGCAUCGGCGACGCGCGGACUGCGCCGCUUCCUCCAUGGCGUAUGGGACUUCAUGAAUCCACCCCUGUGGGCAAUGCUAGUAUCGAUCAUCGUCGCAUCAGUACCGGUACUUCAACACGGUUUCUUCGACGACGGCACCUUUGUGCGCAACUCGGUCACCCGUGCAAUUGAACAGAACGGACAGGUUGCCGUGCCACUGAUCCUGGUCGUGCUGGGCGCGAACCUCGCGCGCAAUACAAUCCCCGAAGAGGCGAUGGCAGACAUAGAGCAUCCCCGCGAUGAACGCAAGCUUAUCAUCGCUUCACUGCUUGCGCGCAUGCUUCUUCCUACUCUUAUCAUGGCGCCGAUUUUGGCCCUCAUGGCCAAGUUUGUGCCGAUUAGUAUCCUCGAUGAUCCUAUUUUCAUUAUUGUCUGCUUCCUGCUUACAGGUGCGCCGUCUGCGUUGCAACUGGCGCAGAUCUGUCAGAUCAAUAAUGUCUUUGUUGGUGCUAUGUCGAAACUCUUGUUCCAGAGUUAUGUCGUCUGGAUCCUCCCCUCGACCCUUGUACUUGUCAUGUGCGCUCUGGAGGUCGUCGAGUGGGCUGCCUCUUCUAAUGCGUGA